AUAUUUUUCUUCAGUCUACCUCUAGAAGCGAAUCUUUCAGAAAUAGUAAUCACCACCAGCUGCUAGAAACCAUGGCAUCUCGCCUUCUAUCUGGCGUCGUCCUGGUCCUUUUUUACGCGCUCUGUGUGGCUGCGAAGACCGAGAAGGACGUCACCCAGCUUCAGAUCGGAGUGAAGUUCAAGCCCAAGGACUGUCCGCGCAAGGCUAAGAACCUCGAUACAGUCAAGGUUCAUUACAAGGGCACUCUCACUGAUGGCACGAAAUUCGACUCCAGCUACGAUCGCAACGACCCGUUCGAGUUCCGCCUUGGCAUGGGCAACGUCAUCAAAGGGUGGGACAUUGGCAUCCUCGGCAUGUGCGUGGGCGAGAAGCGCAAGCUGAAAAUCCCACCCCACAUGGGCUAUGGCGAGAACGGCUCCCCGCCCAAGAUUCCUGGUGGAGCGACGCUCAUCUUUGAGACGGAGCUGGUGGAGAUAGUGGAUGUGCCGGAGGAGGAGCCGGAGGACGAGGACUUCAACGAGGAUGACAUUGACGACACGGACCCGCAGGGGGAGGAGGGGGAUGACGACGAGGAUGAGGACUUAGAUGCUGAUGAUGACUUCUACAAGCGCGAUGACGAUCACGAACUCUGAGCUUAGACCCUGCUCUGAAUGGUGGGUUCGCUGGGCCUACUUGGGUGAUGUUGGGGAUGAGCAGGAGGACGAGUAUUCCAAAUUCUAAUGCUCUGAGCUUGGAGUUCUAAUGGUUUAGGCAACUAUUGAUUGCUGAUCACAGUAUGCAGGGUUUAAUGGAGACAAAUGAAGUGGACUGUUCCAUGCCCUGGGAGGGAAACUGUGCCCAGGCACCGCCAUAAGCACCGGUAUAUGCAUAACUCCUUACUUUCUUCUGGCCCUGAAAAUGGAAGAGCACAGUUCGAAGACAUGUCUCAGCGGGUAAACAGUAGCAUGCGGAAUGUGAUACACAGUGGCGUCCAUCCAUGCUCUGCCGCAAGACCGUCCCCCUCAACAUGUUACCGGCUCCACGCUAUGCUGAGAGCCUCCGAUCCUUCCUUCCCUGCUGCAUCACGAAUACCUAUCAAUGUGUAAGCAGAAUUGCUUUAUGAAAUCCAAGCAGCCUUGAUAA